AUGUCAUCUAAAAACUAUAAAUUGUUUCAUUAGAUAAUUCCAAAUACUACACGUUAUAGAGAUGAUCAAUUACCAAUCAAUAAUAAUUAUUUUGUUCGCUUAACAUAAGAUUCUACUAGAGUUCUAGAUUUAAUUGAAAAAGAUAAAUAAAUCCCACAUAAAUCUAUGAUUGAUCGAUUUUGGGGACAUAAAACAUAAAGAUUACCUCAACCUGUAUAUGAAGAAGAAAAACAAGUUUAAAUACCAUAAGAAAUUAUUCCUUAAGAGGACAAGAAAGAAAUUUUGCCUUUAAUCAAAUAAAAAACUGAACCCUAAUUGAAGAAAAUCAUGAGCUCAAAAUAAUUUAAGGAAAGUUUACUAUUUGAUGAAAGAACUAGUUCUAUACCUAAAACAACCAUUUAAAAUCAUAUAAUUGAAGAUUUAAUAAGAGAUAGUGAUAUAUUUUUAAAGAAACCUGAAAUAAUAAAGUAAGUACAAAGUUUGAAGAGAUUAAAAGUACUCAAAAAAUAUGAAGCUAAUCAGUAAAUUUUAAUUUCUCAUUUAGUUCAAAUCUUCCAGGUGUAGGGAAAUUACCAUAUAUAAUUAACGAUUAUCAUUCAAAAAGUACCAAUCCAGGAUAUUCAAGAAAUAAUAAAGGAAACUUUUUUACAAGAUGA